AAUAAUAAUUAAAGGGAAGGGGGGAAGCCACAAGCCCUCCCUGCGUUUGCUGAGGCCCGUGACAAAGCGAGAGGAAGAGGAGGAGGAGGAGGAGGCUGCUCCUGGCAAACAAUGGUGCUGCUCCCGCAGAGCUGCCGGGGACGCUGAGGGUCGAGCCCCUUUAAAAAGAAAAAAAGUGGAAUACAGUAUUGUGCAUCUUGAAAUCCGAAACCGAGAAACAGCGGCGCGAGGGAAACAAGGGGGAAGGAAAGCCCCGCAAUUCCUGCGGACAGCUGUUGCGAGCGGAGUUUUCAGGAAUACAAUUCACACCGAAACCUUCCGGGGGUCGCUGGAUGGCUUUUGUGGAGAAACCUGGGAAAUAAAGCAGCCUCGGAAGAAGAAGAGAUUUUUCCUUUUUCUCCUCCUCUCUGGAUAUAAUGGCCACUGCAAGGCAGAGCAUCUGGAGGUUUGGUUUGCGGUGCGCCUUGCUCGCCGUUUGCACCCUCACCUGCGACGGGCACGGCGGGCGGAGAGAGCACGGAGGUCCUGCCUGCUAUGGGGGCUUUGAUCUGUAUUUCAUCCUGGACAAGUCAGGCAGUGUCCUGCACCACUGGAACGAGAUCUAUCACUUUGUGGAGCACCUGGCCAGGAAGUUCAUCAGCCCUCAGCUGAGGAUGUCCUUCAUUGUCUUUUCAACCAGAGGGACGAUUCUGAUGAGGUUAACAGAAGACAGGGAGCAGAUCCGGCAGGGCCUGGAGGAGCUGCAGAAGGUGCUGCCAGGAGGGGACACGUACAUGCACGAAGGAUUUGAGAGGGCCAGUGAGCAGAUUUACCAUGAGAAUGUUCACGGUUACAGGACUGCCAGUGUCAUCAUUGCACUGACAGAUGGGGAGCUCCACGAGGAUCUGUUUUUCUACUCUGAGAGGGAGGCCAACCGCUCCAGGGACCUGGGGGCCACCGUGUACUGCGUGGGGGUGAAGGACUUCAACGAGACCCAGCUGGCCCGGAUUGCUGACAGCAGAGACCAUGUGUUCCCUGUCAACGAUGGCUUUGAGGCCCUGCAGGGCAUCAUCGACUCUAUUCUGAAGAAAUCCUGCAUAGAGAUCCUGGCAGCAGAGCCCUCCAGCAUCUGUGCAGGGGAGUCCUUCCAGGUGGUGGUCAGGGGGAACGGGUUCCGGCACGCCCGCAACGUGGACAGGGUGCUGUGCAGCUUCAGGAUCAACGACACCCUCACCCUCAAUGAGAAGCCUUUCGUGGUGGAGGACACCUACCUGCUGUGCCCAGCACCUGUGCUCAGGGAAGUUGGCAUGGAAGCAGCUCUGCAAGUGAGCAUGAACGAUGGGCUGAGCUUCAUCUCCAGCUCCGUCAUCAUCUCCAGCACGCACUGUUCUGAUGGCACCAUCCUGGCCAUUGCCUUGCUGAUCCUGUUCCUGCUGCUGGCCCUGGCUCUGCUCUGGUGGUUCUGGCCCCUCUGCUGCACCGUGAUCAUCAAGGAGCCUCCCCCUCCUCCUGCAGAGGACAGCGAGGAUGAGGAUGAUGAUGGGCUGCCCAAGAAGAAGUGGCCGACAGUGGACGCCUCCUACUACGGAGGGCGAGGAGUGGGCGGCAUCAAGCGGAUGGAGGUGCGCUGGGGCGAGAAGGGCUCCACGGAGGAAGGCGCCAAGCUGGAGAAGGCCAAGAACGCGCGGGUGAAGAUGCCGGAGCAGGAGUUCGAGUUCCCCGAGCCCCGGAGCCUGGGCAGCAGCACCCGCCGCGCCUCGGCCCCACACAGGUGGUACUCGCCCAUCAAGGGCAAGCUGGACGCGCUCUGGGUGCUGCUGAGGAAAGGCUACGACCGCGUGUCCGUGAUGCGCCCGCAGCCCGGGGACAAGGGCCGCUGCAUCACCUUCACGCGGGUGAAGAACGCGGGGGCGCCCCCCAAGUACCCCCUGAACAACGCCUACCCCUGCGCCCCGCCCCCCGCGCCCGUGUACACGCCCCCCGGCCCCGCCCCCACCUACACCGCCACGCCCCCCCACGCCCCCUCCCCCUCCUCCACGCUGCCCCCGCUGCCCCCCCCGCCCCAGGCCCCGCCCCCCGCCCGGGCCCCGCCCCCGUCCCGGCCCCCGCCCCGCCCCACGGCCUGA